UUUGCACUAGUCGGAUUUAGAAUUGUCAUUGGACGGUGUUAUCAAACAAGCCGAAAGUUUUCAAAAUUACCUUUUAAAACCUUAAAAAAAAAAAAACAAAAAACAAAAGGCAAAACUCAAAACUGGCCAAAAGUAAAAACUAAAAGAACAUUUUAUAUUCUAAUUUUGUCCAACCCCACUCCAUCCUUUUUCUCAAUUCACUCCAAAAUCUAAAAAGAAAAAUAACCUAGAAUUUGAAUUUCUGAUUUCUCUGAAUUCAAAGAAAACGAAAUGGAGGUUUCACAAUUAAAAUUCCUGUGAACGAUGGUUUUCAUAUUGCUAAAAUCUUUCAUCAAAUUUUACAUAUGCUUUUGAAAAUUUGAUUCUCUUUUCUUUUUUUUAAUAACCGCUAAGGAGGUUUCUUUUUCUUUGUCGUUUUCGUCCUCUUGUGGUUCAUCUUUUACAGAAGAAAUCUAAUUCAAAAUAGUCAUUUUUUAAUUCAUUGUUUUUAUGUAUUUGGGAAGAAAAAGAUCAACGUAAAAAAGUGGAGGUUUUGCAAUGUUGGGUGAGAAUCGGAGUGGGUUUAAUGUUGAAGGUUGUUCCUUUCAUUUGGCUGAAUGGCAUCCUUUGGAAUAGCAUAGCUGAUUAGGGCUUCAAGCCCUCUUUUGUUGAUCUCUCUUCCUUUUUUUUAAAUCAGGUUCAAGAUUUGUCAUUCAUUGUGCUGAGAGCUGUUAUUUUCUACAUACAAGGUUUCAAGUGUUCUAAUGUUUAAUAAGAGCUUUUCAUUUGCUAGAGCUGUGGGCUGUUGUGGUUGCUUCGGCUUCACAGCAAAGCCCAAACGAUUUUCAAGGUCCAAUUGCAGGGAGUUUUUAUUAGAUGAAGAAAUAGAUGAAGACGGUGAUUGUUCAUAUAAUGGUGAGGUUACCAGCACUGCUCAUGGAGAUGAGGUUGAGUCUCUAAGCCGUGCCAAGUGUUCUGAAGAGAUUUUGAGGUUCAAACUCAACAAUGGAUUGAUUUGCAGGCAAUUUCCUGUUAAGGAAACCAACAAGAUUAUUCGCUCAGAGGAUGAAAAUGGGAAUAAGAUGAUUAAUGAGUAUGUGCGGGAAUACAAGAUUGGUUCUGGUAGUUAUGGAAAAGUGGUUCUAUAUCGAAACAGUGUAGAUGGGAGACACUAUGCUAUUAAGGCCUUUCAUAAGUCUCAUUUAUUAAAGAUGCGAGUUGCUCCAUCAGAGACUGCAAUGACUGAUGUUCUUCGCGAGGUUCUAAUUAUGAAAAUAUUGCAACAUCCCAACAUAGUUAAUCUCAUUGAGGUGAUUGAUGACCCAAGCACGGAUCAAUUCUACAUGGUUCUUGAAUAUGUGGAAGGCAAAUGGGUUUGCGAGGGUUCUGGUCCUCCAGGAGGCAUUGGAGAAAGUACUGCUAGGAAGUAUGUGCGAGAUAUAGUAUCUGGGCUUAUAUACCUCCAUGCUCAUAAUAUUGUGCAUGGAGAUAUAAAACCUGAUAAUUUGUUGAUUACUCGCACUGGUACGGUGAAGAUAGGAGAUUAUAGUGUCAGCCAGGUGUUUGAGGACAACGAUGAUGAGCUUCGCCGUUCUCCUGGGACUCCUGUUUUCACUGCACCUGAGUGCUGUCUAGGUUUAACAUAUCAUGGAAAAGCUGCAGACACAUGGGCUGUAGGAGUUACUUUGUACUGUAUGGUACUGGGAAAAUAUCCAUUUCUUGGUGAAACCCUACAGGAUACAUACGACAAGAUUGUUAAUAACCCUUUAAUUCUGCCAAAUGACAUGAACCCAGAGUUGAGGAACUUACUUGAAGGACUUCUUUGCAAAGAUCCAAAACAGAGGAUGACUUUGAAUGUUGUAGCAGAGCAUUCCUGGGUUAUUGGAGAAGAUGGAACAAUCCCCCGGUACUUGUGUUGGUGUACACGUAAUUGCUACCAGAGGGAAGAAUCUAAUGGGAGAAGUGAUACUCGCUUGACAGAAACUGACUAGAUUAAUCUUCUGGUUUCGAUAAUUUGCUGUACACUAAAUAAAAUUUGUUUUUUCCGUUACUCCCUUUAAUUUAUGCACGAGAGACACAUACAAUAGCUAAGACUGGAAGCAAAAUUUUCGGGGAUACCUAGAUAUACUAGGUUCAUUUUGCGCAAUGAGUGAAUUUGUGGGAGAUUUGUUGUCUUAGCUUUCACAACCCCUCUGUUUGUGAAGGUUUUCUGGAUGUUAUGAUAUUUUCAGUGUAUCAACAUUUGGAUUGACAAACAUUUUCAUGAAAAUUACGUCGUCUGUCCUCUCUUUGGUUUCUCGGCAGUGAACUAAUUGUAUGCUAUAGUGACCUCGUUGAAUGAUUCAGAUGAGAAUUGUUGCUGAGAGAGCAUUCUACCUUGACUUUGCAUGCUUGGAAAUUUUGAUUUGGUAUCUUUUAGAUAUUGUCUUGGUUGUGUUUGUUACUACUGCUGCUUUCCAGGAUUGCCAAAAAAGUACGAUUUUAUUGUAUAAGGAAAUGUGAGAAUUACAUUUAAUUUACAUAUUAAAUUAGAAGAAAAAAAGUUGGCAAUAAGUGAAUUGUUUUUGGAGAAGUAGAGGAUAAAAACGAUAGAAGAAAAGAGCAAUACGAUAAAAGUGAGAGAUUGAUUAGUUUGAAUGAUUCAGUUGAGCAUUUCUCAAUAAUGCACUUGACUUGCGCUUUCUGUUCUUGCUCUCACAAGUCUAUAGGUUUUUCGAUCAUUACGAAAGCUGUGGCAUGUGCAAACGUUUGCCGGUAAAGAUCUACUUCUCAUCUGACUU